AUGGAAUUUCUGGAUAACUUCACACAAUUGUUGCGCAGUAAUUGCGUCGCGAUCCACGCGGGAGAAGGCGAUUGCAAAUUCACCGUUCACGAAGCCCUUCUUUCGAAGUCUAGCUCACCAUCGCUUCAGAAACUAGUUAAGCCAGGCUGGAGGGAAUCAUCAGAAGGAUGCAUUGACUGGAGGCACACAAGUUCCCAGACAGUUGAACGAGUCUUGACAUGGCUUUAUCUUCGUGACUACCAAAGUCCGGAUCCAGUACCCCGAGAAGUUGGAGACCCAGGUGAGACAGGCAGCGGCAGACAUGCUUCAGAAGCAAGAGAGGACAGUCAACCAACAGCAGAGAGGUAUAAGGGUGUCGACGAAACACCGGUUGAAGUCGAGUUCAACGAUGCCCCCAUUGAUCUAGCAGUCGAGCCAGAGCCCGAUGCGGAAGCCGCACCGGAAGUCGCAACGGACGAGCCAGAGCCCGAGGCAGAUGCCGUACCAGAUGAGCCACAGCCUGAGGUAGGAGCUGCACUGGAUGAUCCAGCGGCAGAACCUAACCCUCUGGAAGCCGAAGAUCCAGAACUCCAAAAUGCGAUAUUCGAAUCAUGUAGCGUGCGUCCACUGACUCCACUGGGCAGGUGUGCUGGAGUCCCACCCGUUAUGACUGCAUACAAAACUGCCGCAGGACUUUUUGAGGAUCGGGAGUUUUCGAUGCUAUUCUUCGAAGCUUCGCUUCCCCUUCAGGCGUCUCCGAGGUCGACAAACCAUUCUUGA